UAAUAAUGUUUAACAUCAACAAUAAAACUAUAGGAAAAAAACAUAAUCAACUAUGCAUUGUACUAAUUCAAUCUCUAACUCGUCUUCCAUCUCUUUCCUAGCUACCUCCUGCAGUUUCCUUUCCAGGCCUAAAGUCAAACACCAUAUUUUAACAAUAUUCUUUCUUCUACAGCUUUUAUACAAGUUCACUAUAUUAUAGGAUUGAUCAGGGUUCAUUUUUUCUUUCUUUGAAAAAUCUCUAAGGGGUGCUGUUUCCAAGGCAGAGAAUGAAAUAGAAUUCAGAAGAAUUUUUAUGUUACUAUAAAGGAAAGAUGAAAAGUUAGUUAGCAUGGAUUCAAGUUUGAUAACCCUAUGGGGUAAAAUCUCUUUCAGAUUAUGAUGGAGUUACAAGUUAUUAGGAUAUUUAGAUUGGUUGUGGCAUUUGUUCUUUGUUUGUGUAUAUUUAUCAGAUCAGCUUCUUCUGCAACUAAAGGGUUUGAGAGCAUAGCAUGUUGUGCUGAUUCAAAUUACACAGAUCCAAAAACCACCCUAACUUAUACAACAGAUCACAUCUGGUUCUCUGAUAAAAGAAGUUGCAGACAAAUACCCGAAAUUUUGUUUAGCCACAGAAGCAAUAAAAAUGUUCGAAAAUUUGAAAUAUAUGAAGGAAAGAGAUGUUAUAAUUUGCCAACAGUUAAGGAUCAAGUAUAUUUGAUAAGGGGCAUAUUUCCCUUUGAUAGUUUAAAUUCUUCGUUUUAUGUUUCGAUCGGGGUAACAGAACUAGGCGAAUUAAGAUCGUCUAGGCUCGAGGACUUGGAAAUUGAGGGAGUUUUUAGAGCCACCAAAGACUACAUAGAUUUCUGCUUAUUGAAGGAGGAUGUCAAUCCCUUCAUUUCUCAGAUUGAAUUGAGGCCAUUACCUGAAGAAUACCUACAUGGUUUCGGUACUAGUGUUUUAAAACUGAUAAGCAGAAACAAUCUUGGUGACACAAAUGAUGAUAUAAGGUUCCCAGAUGACCAAAAUGAUAGAAUCUGGAAACGGAAAGAAACUUCAACUCCAACAUCUGCCCUUCCACUGUCUUUCAAUGUCAGCAAUGUUGACCUCAAAGACAGUGUCACACCUCCUCUACAAGUCCUACAAACAGCUCUUACUCACCCUGAGCGAUUGGAGUUCGUCCAUGAUGGCCUCGAGACCGAUGAUUAUGAAUACUCUGUGUUUCUCCACUUUCUUGAACUAAAUGGCACUGUCAGAGCAGGACAAAGGGUGUUUGACAUCUAUCUAAACAAUGAGAUUAAAAAGGAGAAAUUUGAUGUUUUGGCUGGAGGGUCCAAGAACAGUUACACUGCCUUGAACAUUUCAGCAAAUGGAUCACUCAAUAUAACCUUAGUCAAGGCAUCUGGAUCUGAGUUUGGACCCCUUUUGAAUGCCUAUGAAAUCCUGCAGGCACGGUCGUGGAUUGAAGAGACCAACCAAAAAGAUUUGGAAGUUAUUCAGAAGAUGAGAGAAGAACUGCUGCUGCACAACCAAGAAAAUGAAGCAUUGGAGAGUUGGAGUGGAGACCCUUGUAUGAUUUUCCCCUGGAAAGGAAUAACAUGUGAUGAUUCAACUGGUUCAUCUAUUAUCACUAAGCUGGAUCUUUCUUCCAAUAAUCUCAAGGGAGCAAUUCCUUCCAUUGUCACUAAGAUGACCAAUUUACAAAUACUGAACCUGAGCCACAACCAGUUCGAUAUGUUAUUCCCCUCGUUUCCACCGUCCUCCUUGCUGAUAUCAUUGGAUCUUAGCUACAAUGAUCUUUCAGGAUGGCUUCCAGAAUCCAUUAUCUCACUGCCACAUUUAAAAUCAUUAUAUUUUGGCUGCAAUCCAUCUAUGAGUGACGAAGAUACAACAAAGUUGAACAGUUCACUAAUCAAUACAGAUUAUGGGAGAUGCAAAGCAAAAAAACCAAAGUUUGGACAAGUAUUCGUGAUUGGAGCUAUUACAAGUGGAUCACUUUUGAUUACUUUGGCUGUUGGAAUUCUAUUUUUUUGCCGUUAUAGACACAAGUCAAUUACUUUGGAAGGAUUUGGAAAGACCUACCCAAUGGCAACAAAUAUAAUUUUCUCUUUGCCAAGCAAAGACGAUUUCUUCAUAAAGUCUGUAUCAGUUAAACCGUUCACUUUGGAGUAUAUAGAGCAGGCUACAGAACAGUACAAAACUUUAAUAGGUGAAGGAGGAUUUGGCUCUGUUUACAGGGGCACUCUAGACGAUGGUCAAGAAGUGGCAGUGAAAGUGCGGUCAUCCACAUCAACUCAGGGAACCCGAGAAUUUGAUAAUGAGCUAAACCUACUUUCAGCUAUACAACAUGAGAACCUGGUGCCUCUUCUGGGUUACUGUAAUGAGUAUGAUCAACAAAUUCUCGUGUAUCCUUUCAUGUCCAAUGGCUCUUUGCUAGAUAGACUAUACGGGGAAGCAUCAAAGAGAAAAAUAUUAGACUGGCCAACUAGACUCUCUAUUGCUCUCGGUGCAGCUCGAGGUUUGGCAUAUCUUCACACAUUUCCAGGACGUUCUGUAAUACACAGGGACGUAAAAUCGAGCAAUAUACUGCUGGAUCAGAGCAUGUGUGCUAAGGUUGCAGAUUUUGGUUUCUCAAAAUAUGCUCCUCAGGAAGGAGACAGUUAUGUUUCCCUUGAAGUAAGAGGAACUGCAGGGUAUCUGGAUCCUGAGUACUACAAAACCCAGCAAUUAUCUGAAAAAAGUGAUGUUUUCAGCUUUGGUGUGGUUCUUCUUGAAAUUGUAAGCGGACGGGAACCUCUCAACAUAAAGAGACCAAGGAUCGAGUGGAGCUUGGUUGAAUGGGCUAAACCAUACAUAAGAGCAUCAAAGGUGGAUGAAAUUGUAGAUCCUGGCAUCAAGGGAGGAUAUCAUGCAGAGGCAUUGUGGAGAGUUGUGGAAGUAGCACUACAAUGUCUAGAACCCUACUCAACAUAUCGGCCAUGCAUGGUUGAUAUUGUCCGCGAGUUGGAGGAUGCUCUCAUUAUUGAAAACAAUGCAUCUGAAUACAUGAAAUCCAUAGACAGCCUUGGAGGAUCCAACCGCUACUCAAUUGUUAUGGACAAACGGGCGCUGCCUUCAACUACAUCUACAGCAGAAUCAACUAUCACAACCCAAACCUUGUCACACCCUCAACCGAGAUAGUAAAUGGGUCGAUGGAAUUCUUUUGAUUUGUUUUUGAUCAUUGCUUUAGUAAUAUCACAUUUUAAAUGGUAAAGGAGAAAAAUACUACUUCUGAUUGUAUUUCCAUCCACUCUAUGUUUCUUGAAACUGAAUCUCUCUUGCUCAGCCCCAGUUUUUAUGGGUGAAAAGAAUAAUUUGGGUCAAAUGCAAGUGAAACCAUAUGGUGCAUAAUUUAAAAGCCAUAUCAUAUCAUUUGCCAAGUCCAAAGUAAAAAUUUCACAAACUAGUUAGAUUGCGAUUUAGUCUAUAGACACUUCAACAGAGCUAUAUACACUAUGGUUGACUUGCGACUAAUUCGCUCAAGCAGGAGGAACACAUAUAUAUGGGAAACACUUGUAGAACUAUUUUGUUUAUAGAAAUGAAAAUAUUUUCCGUUUUUAA